AUGCAACGUCAUGAGCAAAUUAUUCAACUUUCAAAUCAUGUUAAAGAUAAACUUAAACAACAUCAAUAUCCAUCGUCACCGUCGCCACUUAUUAAUUCAUCUGACGAAUUUAUAGAAGUUAAUACUUCUGAUGAUGAUGAUGAUGAUGAUGACGAUAUUAAUAAUAAUAGUAAAUUAAAUAUUCUUUCUUUUCUCGGUAAAAACAAUUUUUUUUGUCAAUUAGAUUCUUUACUCAUCACAUCGGAAAAUGUAAAUCGUCGACGUCGUCGUAAUACAUUUGUUACUUAUAAAAUCAAACAACCACCUGAAUCAUUUUUUACUGAUGGUAAACCUCAUUCAAAUCCAAAUAAUAUUUCUAUUCUUCAAGAAAAAUAUGCUAAACAACAACAGUGUCAAGAAUGUAUUCAACAUAAACAUAUAAUUCAUUAUGAACGUCAACGUCUUUUACGACUUUAUGAUGAAAAUCGAAAUUUAACUGAACAACUUCGUUCAUCUGUAUUGCUCAAUCGUCAAUAUGAAAAUGAUAUUUUUAAAUUAAAAGAACAUUUAAGAAUAGUUAAUUCUCAUCUUUAUGAAUAUCAUAUUAAUUUUGAUGAACUCAAACAAAAAAUUGAGUCAGAGAAAAAAACAACUCCGAAAAUAGAUGAAGAGGUACAAGAAGAAGAAGAUAAACACGAUACGACAUUAGAACAUAUAAAAAGACUUCGAGAUGAAGUACAUAUGUAUAAUCGAUUAGUUAAUGCUAAACAACAAGAAGAACAAAAAAAAGUUAAUUUUUUGUUUUAG